CCCUUCUUGAAACAUUUACAACUUAACAGAUGCCACUUUCGUGACUGUUUCUUUGCAGGGGCUUUGUCAGUGUAGACUCAACCUAAUGUAGUAAGUGUAGAGUUGAUGUCUUGUCCAUAAUGUCCCGGUAACACUUCCGUUUAAACUGUUCACAAAUGUCAUGCGAUUGUGAACAACCAGAAGCCACAGCGCAGCGGUAGUUUUGGAUUUGAAGAUGGGGGACGAUUUAGGUGAUGACUGGUGGGAACAAAAGGGUAAUUCUGGGGGGGUCUCCAGUCCCAAUUAAGGGUGAAAUAUGUCCCCUGUGUCAUGCCGUCAUCACACAAGCAUUUCCAAAACCGCCUGAAGGCCCCCAGUUCUCUGGAAAUGUCACUAUUUAUAGAAGGGACUGUUGAUUCCCCCGUGGGAGAGGAGAGUGAAGAACCAGAGAAACAGCCCACAGAGCAAGCAUCCCCACGGGAGAAGAAAGGAAAGAAGAGGAAGAGUGUAAUGGAAAACCCAGUCCCGGUCAAGAAGAAGACUGCACUGAAAUCACAGACUGAGUGUUUUAUGGCUCAGGAGAAGAAAGAGGAUGAAGGAGAAAAAAAGCCCAAGAAAAAGAGAAAGAAGAAGAAGAAGACGAUCACAGACGUCCUCGCCACCUCGGACCCCAAACCGGGCUCUCCAGUUGACCUGCAGAGCCUGGUUCUAGAACACUUCAAAGACAAACGCUCCGUCAUCGAGCUGGAGGAGCUCAAACUACAGGAGUCCUGCUUCGUGAGGAGUAAUGACCUCACACACAGCCUCUCCUCCUACCUGAAAGAAAUUUGUCCCAAAUGGGCUAAGGUCCAGAAGCAGCACACAGAGAAGAGUUCUGUGGUUCUGCUCAUCGUCUGUAGCGCCGCACUAAGAGUCAUCGAGCUCAUCAAACAGUUAACCACCUUCAAGGGAGAGGCCAAAGUGCUGAAGCUGUUUGCAAAGCACAUCAAGGUAGAGGAGCAGGUGAAGCUCCUACAGACGGGGGUGACACACAUUGGGGUGGGGACGCCAGGGAGACUGAGCGCCCUCAUUGAGAAAGAGGGUCUGACCCUGCCUCCCCUGCGUUUCCUGGUUCUGGACUGGAACUGGAGAGACCAGAAGCUUCGCAGGAUGGUGGAUGUUCCUGAGGUCAAAGGUGACUUGUUGAAGCUGCUGGAUAUGGGAAUCUUGAAAGGAUGUAGGGAAGGAAAAGUGAAAGUGGGACUGUUCUGAUACAACCACACACCUAGUGCCAUAAUCUGCCAUUUUAUUUUAUUUGUUUCACCUUUAUUUAACCAGGUAGGCCAGUUGAGAACAAGAUCUCAUUUACAACUGCGACCUGGCCAAGAUAAAGCAAAGCAGUGCGACAAAAAACAACACAUGGACACAAGUUACACAUGGAAUAAAAUAAAGUAUAGUCAAUAACAAUUGAAACAUCUAUAUACAGUGUGUGCAAAUGGAGUAAGGAGGUAAGGCAAUAAAUAGGCCAUAGUAGCAAAGUAAUUCAAAUUUAGCAAAUUAACACUGGAGUGAGAGAUGUGCAGAUGAUGAUGUGCAAAUAAUAAUACUGGUGUGCAAAAAGAGCAAAUAAAAACAAUAUGAGGAUGAAGUAGGUAGAUUGGAUGGGCUAUUUACAGAUGGGCUGUGUACAGCUGCAGCAAUCGGUGAGCUGCUCAGAUUGCUGAUGCCAUAUACUGAGAUACAAACACACACCUAGUGCCAUACUCUGCUAUAUACUGACAUACAAACACACACCCAACCAAGUCAGACUGGACCUCUUCUCAUCAUGCUCUUGUUCACACGCGUGCACAAACACUCACACGCAACAAAGUUUAUUAGGGCCCCUCAAACCAAUCCUGUCUCCAUAACAGACCGACUGCUGGACAUUUCAACCAUCUACCCUAUCCUGUUUUUACCCUCUCCCUCUGUGACACUGUGUUCUUGUUCUAUUUUAAGUGACAUGUAAAAUAUCUGAAAUGGUUUAUACAGUGUUGUAGUUCAACAAUAACACAGCUCUCUGUGUGACACAGCCCAACUGUGUGAUGGUUUGAAUAAAGACAUUUGAAUGGAA